AUGACCGCAGGUCCCAAUUCCAGCGCAGGACGCAUCUCCAAGAAAGCCACUCAUUCUCGUCCAUUCAAUGAGUCCAAUAUCGCUGCGCUCGAACGAGAGUUGGAUGCCCCGAAUGGCCAGCUGCAACACCAACGAGAGACCCAUCCACGCUUAGCUCAUGCAGCUCACCCCAAGACACUUAAUGAUGAGCAAGAAAAGGACCUAAUCAAAUGGAUACGACGGGUAAAGGAGAUAUCCACCCAUCCCACCGCGACUCAAAUCACGACAAGUGCGGACCAAAUUCUCAAUCGCGACGGAAACAACACUACCAUUAGCAAGGCUUGGGUUGAUCGAUUCAUCAAACGCCUACCGGACGACCUGAAGCCGUCCAAAGAACGUCUACGUAAAAAGACGCGUCUUGAUCCAUCAGAUCGGGACAAGUUGCAGCAUUGGUUCGACCGUUUGAAGUCUCUUAUCGACGGCGUGUCGCCCGCGAAUAUCUACAACUUUGACGAAACCAUCUUCCGAAUUGGGGAGGGAACGGGCCCUCGAUGGUACGUCACCGCGAGGGACAGUGAUUCGCCGCCUCCCUUCUUCGAUAGAACAUGGACAGAAUGGAUCACCACGAUCGAAUGCGUCGCUGCCGAUGGGUGGGCAGCGGAUCCGUAUAUUGUCUUCCAGGGUGACUAUUAUCUCGAAGAUUGGUUUGAGGUGGAAGGGAUCCCUGAUCAAUAUACUUUCAAUACGAAUCCAAGCGGUCGGAUCACAGAAAAAGCUGCUUCAAAAUGGAUCCAAAUUUUCCAUCGCCAGACCAAAGACCGCGUCCAAGACAACCAGCCACGGAUCCUGCUCUUUCGAGGUCUACCUCAAUACUUGGGUUUCAACUUCUUGCAAUUCUGCGAGCAACACCAGAUCAUUCCCGUUUGCUUUCCACCACAUAUCGGACAUCUUAUGCAGCCGUUCGACGACAAGGCUUUUCGAAGUUACAAGCAGUAUUGGAAGAAGAAAUAUUACCUCUGUCCACCUGAUGAUGCCGACGACGAGAAAACGGAUUUUAUGCAGAAAUUCUUCCCUGUUCGUGAGGAAGCAUUGAAGCCUCAGGUCAUUAUGGACGCGUUUGCGGACAAGGGCAUAUUUCCGUUUGACCCAUCCAAGAUAGAGUCGCUUUAA